AUGGCACCCGUCUCACCGAUCGCGCUGCUCUACACCCUCCUCAGGCGGGAUGAUGACACUGGUGUAGCAUCUUCUUGCGACGACAUCACCGGCCCCUGCAUUGAAGUCGUCUGCGCCUGGCCGCUGUCAGGUCAAUACGGUUUCGGCCAGCGGGUCUUAUACUACAUCCUUGUCGUCGUCUGUGUGGUAGCCCGAAAAGAGGAAUGGACUCGCGCUGUCUGUCAAGCCGCCGCACUGCUUGUGCCCGCCGUUGCAGCAAUCCACGGUAUCGUCUUGGCAUCGUUCCAUGUUGACGGUGCCACAGAUAUGGAUAUCUAUGGAGCCUUGCAGUUCUGCUCAAUUGGCAUCCUGGCAGCUCCCGUCACCGUAAAAUUAUCAUCGACCUUCUUCUAUGACCCAGGACGGAACAUCAUCUUCCUGUGGACUGGGCUCAUUCUGUCAGGUCUGUUGAGCUUGGCCGUCGAGUUCUACCGGUCCGAUACCCAUCCAUGCCAGACCGGCGGAACGAGUCCAGUGCCUAGUCUUGGAAGAUUCCCUUAUGGAGACGGAGACAUAUGCGGCUUGGUUUGCUCUGAAGCGAGCGGCCCGUUUUCCAAGCUGAGGCAGGGACCGACAAGCGAGAUAUACGUUGUUCCCAAACCAGUGACGCUCCCUUUCGGCAUGGCCAUGUUUCUGGCUGCGGCCGAGUGUGUGCCCGCCAUUCUGUCCUUGGUUUCGAUGUGGAACAAGAUAUUGGAAAUCAACUGGAAGGCACGUCGAGGGCGUGGUGGUCCAGUGAAGGAGCAGGCAGAGGAUCAAGGCGUCAUCCCCGGGACAAACGGUGCUACUAUGAAGGGCAUGAAGGACGUUAAUCAGGCCAUCAGGUCUCUGUUGAGUGCAGUCGAGGUGCCUGUAUUGGGAGGUGCCUGGAUAGCUGUCCUUGUCAUCGGGGAGAUCAACUUUUGGAGCCCCCAGGUUAGAUACCACACUGAGCCAAUUAGCAGCAUCGGCCAAUGGGGAACAAUUCUUGCGACCGGGAUGGCCGGCAUCGGUUCGCUCUACGUGUGGCUGGCAGGCGGUAACGAGGAGCUCGCUAAUACUACUACCACGAGCCACUUUAGUUGUCCACACUGCCACGGCCGUGGGCAGCCUGACAGAAUGUUCGACCAAGGAGAAAGCCCGCGAGACAGCAUAGCCCAUCAUGAACAUCACGAGAACCGUACUGGGUCAGAAGCCGGACUUUCUACGGCAGAUUCCACAGGGGAGUGGGAGGCUCGGCGAAAGAUUGCCAAUGCUCUAGGGAAGAUCGGCAACUAUUUCGGCAACCCAGCAAAAGACCCCUUUGGGGCUGGUGAUUUCAGGACGGGGGCCUGGCCUCGAAUCCCAGGAGAGGCCCAGCGCAAUGACCGAAUGGCCGAGCACGACGAUCGCUACAGCAUUAUGGAAGGACCGAGUAGUCCGCGGGACGUCGCCGACAUCACCAACAUCACUUCCAUCCCAAACGAGGGGCUCAAGGCCACAUACAAACUCGUUUCCAUCACGGAUGUCUUCUCGCCAUUCGUCAUUUGA